AUGAAAAUACCUUUGGUCUUUGUCUUGCUAUUUGUGGCCAUCAUAAUAGCUUCUGAAGCUGCACCAAUAAUCAAUCCUCCCAGCCAUUACAUGUCGCUUGUCAAAAAUUUUCCUCCAAAAUAUUUUAAAUGGACCGAAACACGUAAUUAUCAUAAACUACGUUCAUUGGUUAAAUAUGAAUCAUCUAUAAGAACGGCAUACAAAAAUGGUUUAGUAGAUGACUCUGUCAUGAAUAGCCUCGAAGAUGCUCUAAAAGGUCGAGAGGAACUAAAGAAACGGGUGACUUCUAAUAUUAAGAUUGGUGACAUUAAUGAUGAUAUUGGGUAUUUUGGCACAAUAUCAAUUGGUGGUCAAAAGUUUAAUGUAAUUUUUGAUACCGGUUCAGCAGACAAUAUAGUUAUUUCAGGCAUAACUGUUAAAAAUCAAGUUUUUGGCAUCACAGCAACUGAAUCUGAUGAAUUCGCAGGCUCUCAAUUCGAUGGCAUCAUGGGUAUGGCUUUUGACAGUAUUAGUUCACAAGCAGCCCCAACACCAUUCUCUAACAUGGUCCAGCAAAAUCUUGUCACUCAGCAAAUAUUUGCAUUUCGUUUAUCUAGAGCGGCAGAUCAUGAUACAGCAGAUCAUGAUACAGGUAUUGUUACUUUUGGUGGUGUUGAUAUCUCUUUAUUUACUGGAACAAUUAAUUUUGUUAAUGUGGUUGCGAAAACUGGAUUCUGGGAGAUUCCCAUGAAUGAUGCUUCGGUUGAUGGCAAUUCUCUUGGUUUCAAGAAUAAGACUACGAUUAUUGAUACUGGUACUACGUUGUUACUUGCACCACCAGCUGAUGUAGAUGCUAUUCACAAAAAAAUUCCUGGAUCUGUGUUAUUAAAAGGGGGAGAAUACGCUGUUCCAUGUAAUACAACUGCUAAAGUAGCUUUAAAGUUUAAUGGUGUUAGCUAUAGUAUUGAUUCAAGAGAUAUAGCUCGUGAUCUUGUUUUGGCCCAAAAAAACCUUUGCUUAUCUGGGAUUAGUCCUGGUGUCGUGGGUACAAAUAAUCAAUGGCUUGUGGGUGAUGUCUUCAUUAAGAAUGUUUAUUCAGUAUUUGAUUUUGGUACGCGUUCUGUUGGAUUUGCACCACUUCGUUAA